AUGGGUUCCAAGUUCGGACAAAUGAUGUGCCCUUGUGGAAUUGUGAACAUCGUGUCCAUUUUGGUUCAUCUGUAUCCGGUCCUCGCGAUCGUCGGUGGUAAAGACGCAGUUAGGGGUGAAUAUCCUCAUAUGGCACUGCUAGGUCGAGAGGAUACACAUAUUGCUGCAGAGGCUAUCUACGAAUGGUUCUGUGGUGGUUCCCUGAUCUCGGAUCGUUUCGUCCUUACGGCCGCUCACUGUGCAUACUCUAAAAUGCAGAACCCUCCAACGGUCGUGCGCUUGGGAGAACACAACCUGAAGGAUAGCCAAUCGUCGAGUCGCCAGGACUUUGGUAUCCAGAGGAUCGUACAUCACCCCAAAUUCCAACACGCAUACAAUGAUAUCGCUCUGUUGGAGUUGAAUGCACGAGUCAUUUUCAAUCAGUUCAUCCAACCCGCCUGUCUGUGGACGAGCAAUGAGGACCCUGUUCAUCCGUUAAUCGCCACAGGCUGGGGAAGCAUGGGAUAUUAUAAUGAGCAGGCAACAAUCCUGCAACAUGUACAAAUUCCUGUUGUCCCCAAUGGAGUCUGCAAUAAUAAAAUAGUCCGAAAUCGUCGCCUACGAUAUGGCAUUUUGGGAAUGCAAAUGUGUGCCAGUGAUCCGAACGGGGGAAAGGAUACCUGUGCAGGAGAUUCUGGUGGCCCUCUCCAAGUUCUCGUACCGGAAGCUGAUCGGAAAAGCGGCCUGUGCUCUAGUUCAUAUUAUAUAGUUGGUGUAACAUCCAAUGGCAUGAUAUGUGGUGCAGCCGAUCGUCCUGGUAUUUACUCGCGAGUUUCUUCCUACGUACCAUGGAUUAAUCAAAUGAUCGGUACUUUGUAG